AUGACGAACAACCGAACCGGAGGAGGAGCUCCAAUACAGCAGCACUCCUUUCUGCAAGAUGCAAGUAAUAUUUCAUCCUCCUCCUCGAGAGUGAGUAGUAGUGCGAAUGGUGCAGCUGCCUCUUCUCUAUCUUCUUCUUCCCUUUCCACCUCCUCUCAUCCAUUAUUUAAAAACAAUCAUCAUCAUCAUCACAACAACUCGCAUAGAAAUACAAAUUCGGGAGAUACCUUGCUGUCUCCAACCUCAUCCACUCGAUCAUUUAUAAAGAAAACGAACUCUCUGGAUGGAAGGGCCAAAAAGGUGGAUGACGUCCUGUCCAAUAUGGAGGAUCAUAUUGCACUGUUACAAACUGAAAUUAUGCAAAUACGAGAUGAUUUACGAUUGCAGCGAUUAAUGGCAAAAAAGUAUGGAGAGGAGGGAUUUCUUGAGGGCGAACAACGAUUACUACAAAUGAAGCAACUCAAAAAGGAAGCUUUGCAUCGAGUGAAAAGUCAACUUGGGAAAUUAGAUCGAACCAUCAAAGCUGGAAGGAGAAUCACCAAAGAAUUUGGUGGAAUGAGCAUGACAGAAGAGAAGCUGAAGGAUGCCAAAGAAUUGCAACGAAAACGAAGGAAAGAGAGAAGAGAAAGCGAGGAAGCUCGACGACAACAAAAAGGAGAAAAUAUUGAGCUUGGUAUUUAUUCUGAUGCGAGUGGCAGUGGAAGCGGUUCUUCGAGUGACACUGAUUACUCUGAAGUGACAGAUCUUUCCGAAGGAAGAAAGAAGAGAAUUAUUUUCAAACAAGUGAUGAAUGGAGACUUGAUUGAGACACAACUGGAAGACCAAUUAAACAUGCUUGAACUCUCGGCGAGUCAUCGACAAGUGAAAUCUAAAAUUCUCACCAAUAAGAAUGCUCCCAAGUUUAAGGGAUAUUUCAAUUUAGCCCAUUUGGAAGAUGAAAAAGAAGACAUCAACAACUCUCUGGUUGUGUAA